GAGAAGACAGGCGUAGAACCGAGGUGUAGGCACCAUAACUUUAAAUGCAUAACGCAGGUGAAUAAACUAUGCAUUAGGAAAGGGGAAUUUUAGUGAAAACAUUUGUGCGUGCUGUGGAAGUAUUGAACUGUUCUGUUCUGGAAACGGCGAUAGCUAAUUAAUUAGCUAACUGACUACAGAAGCUAAUGACAUAUCAUCAUCCGUAUUAGCCACAAGAGGGACUGUCAUCAGUAAAUUAAAAAAAAAAAUACCCAGACCAUCGGGAACAAUGAACAGAGGAUUUUAGGUCGAGCACGACGCUGUUGCGCAUCAAGGCACAGACGAAUCAUGUCGGGACCUCGGGGGAUGGAAGAUGCCCACUAUAAUAUAGACAUGAUGGACAGUGAGAUCCUGAUGCCAGACAUGGUUGACAUCCUGUACCAUCACAUGGCCCCUGCGGGCAUGAAGGCGGAGCCUUUCAUGGAGACAGAGCAUGGGCCCUACUUACAGAUAAUUGAGGAACCAAAACAGAGAGGCUUCAGGUUCCGGUACAAGUGUGAGGGACCCUCUCACGGGGGUCUACCGGGAGCCUCCAGUGAGAAGAACAAGAAGACCUACCCCACCGUAAAGGUGUAUAACCAUGUGGGCCAUGCCCGGGUGGAGGUGCAGCUGGUGACCCACACAGACCCCCCACGUCUCCACGCCCACAGCUUGGUGGGAAAGAACUGCGAUGAUCGCGGCGUGUGCAGCGUCAUCGUGGGACCCAAGGACCUUACGGCACAGUUCAACAGCCUGGGUAUUCUCCACGUCACCAAGAAAUGUGCGGUGGAGGUGCUGACAGAGAGACUGAGGCAGGAGAGGAUGAGGCAGAAACAGGGCAGGAGCCAUCUGACUGACGUGGAGGAGAAGGCCAUUCUGAAGGAGGCCAGGGAGCUCGGGAACAGCAUGGACCUGAACGUAGUGAGGUUAAAGUUCACUGCCUUCCUACAGGACAGUCAAGGGGGGUACACCCGUGCCCUGAAGCCUGUCAUCUCCGGCCCUAUCUACGACAGCAAGGCACCCAAUGCCUCCAAUCUGAGAAUCUCCCGCAUGGACAAGACAUGCGGCUCUGUGCUGGGUGGGGACGAGGUCUUCCUGCUCUGUGACAAGGUGCAGAAAGAUGAUAUUGAGAUUCGUUUCUAUGAGGAGGACGAAGAUGAAAGCUGGGAGGCCUUUGGAGAUUUCUCUCCCACUGAUGUUCACAAGCAGUAUGCCAUAGUGUUUAAGACACCCCGGUACCACAGCCUGGAGAUCGACCGACCCGUCACGGUGUUCCUGCAGCUGAGGAGGAAGACUGGGGGUGACUGCAGUGAACCCAAGCAGUUCACCUAUGUGCCCCAUGUCCAAGAUAAGGAGGAGGUCCUGCGCAAGAGGCAGAAACCCCUGCCCCACAUGUAUGACCACUGGCCCGGACCACAGGGGGGUGCUGGCGGGCAGGGGAGAGGAGCGGGAGGCUACGGUGGAGCAGGAGGAGGAGGAGGAGUAGGAGGAGGGGACUCGGGCUUUCAGUACAACCCUCAGAUGGACGGCGGAAACUACUUUGGCCAGUGGGGGAGCGGGUCUGAAGGGGGCGGGGCUCAGAUGUCCACUUUGUCACCGCCCCCAGGGACCCCAGCGAAUCAGCAGCAGGCACACAGUGUUCUGGGGCAGCAGCACCUCCUUCGAAUUGUCUCCCUGCUGCAGAGCCGGUCCUCGCAGGUGGCCAGGCAGACGGCCAGAGCUCUGCUGGAUUACUGCCACACGGGAGACGUGCGCGUCCUGCUGGCGGUGCAGAGGCGUCUGUGCGCCGUCCAGGACGAGAACGGAGACACGCCUCUGCACCUGGCCAUAAUCCACCAGCAGCCUGGGGUGGUGGAGCAGCUGGUCUCUGUCAUUGUCAGAAUCCCCCAGCAGAGGAUCCUGGACAUCCGCAACCACCUGAGACAGACUCCCCUGUACCUGGCGGUGAUAACCAGGCAGCCCAAGGUGGUGGACUACCUGCUGAGGGCGGGGGCGGACCCCACCCUCCUGGACCACAAUGGCAGGUCGGUCGUGCACCUGGCCGCUGCCCUGGGUGACGAGGUCAUGCUCCGCGUUCUCCUCACCCACCUGGGAGAGCGCCACGCCCACCUGUUCAACACGGCCGACUACAGUGGACUGUUCCCUGUUCACCUUGCAGUUCGGAAAGGUGGAGCGCGCUGUCUGCGGAUGCUGGUGGAGGGAGGGGCCAAGGUUAACGCGGCGGACCUAAAGAGUGGCAGCACUGCACUGCACCUGGCUGUGAAGGAGAACCUCUUCACCGUGGCAUGUGUGCUACUCAAUGAGCUGAAGGCCGAUGUGAACGCCCGCACAUUCGGGGGGAACACCCCACUCCACCUGGCUGCCUGUGAGGGCUCUCCCACCCUCUGCUCCAUGCUCAUUGCCGCUGGAGCCCAGAGGCACCUGGAAAACGAUGAGCCACUCUUCCUCAGCUCCUCCUCUUCAUCAGAGGGGGAGGAUGAGGAAGAGGAGGGUGAGACAGACAGACAGCUGCCAGCGAAACGCCGUCCACAUGGCAGAGUGCCGACUCGCAGCAGUAAGAGGCCAGCUCGCGGGCACACGCCCUUUGACCUGUGCAAGUCGCAGAAGGUAAAGGACAUGCUGGACUACAGACAAAGCCCAGCACCCAACGCAGGCCUUGCCCAUUCUCCCAAAAAGCAGGAGGAGGGUGCACCCCAGGUGGACGGCGAGACCCUCGGGAAGCUCUGUGAGCUCAUGCAGCGGGGGGACGUUCCCUGGAGGCAGCUAGCGGAGAAGCUGGGCAUGGCCACCCUCACGCACCUGUACCAGGAAUGCCCAUCGCCCUGUCAGAGCCUGCUGGAGAACUACCAGCUGGGGGGAGGUCAGGUGGAGGCGCUGGUGGAGGCACUGCAGUCGCUCGGCCUGAAUGAAGGAGUAAGACUCCUGAGGCAGACAGAGCUGAGAGACAAGAUACAGCCAACAGACGCCACAGUGGACAGUGGCUUCGGCAGCCAGUCACUAGAGGAGCUGAGGGAAGGAGAGGCCGAGCAGCCUGCUGAAUCCUGAUCAACGAGGCCCGCCUUGCCCGACUGCAUCAGGCACCAUCUCAGGCAGACCUAAAGGAGCAGGCCCUUCCACUUGGAUCAUAUGACACGACACAACAGUGAAGCUGCCUCUGACUCGCUUCCCCUGUGAGAUCUCACAGGCUUCCCAGUAAUGAGAGGGGCUGCCAAUUCUGUCGCCAUAGCAGCCAUUGCUGUAGAUACCGCAUGACAUUAUGAGGGCGAGCUCAAGCCUGUGACAUUUACAGACAGAGAUGGAGACUUUUUGAGGAGAGAAUUCACUGCCCAUAUCUAGCUCCAGAGUGUCUUGUUUCCCGAAAUAUGUUUACCGGGGGGGGGCUGGAGGUGGGGGAAGCAGCCUUUACUUCUUUGCCAAACAACAGAAUUUUGAUACAUUCCCUCUAUGUACACAUUGCUCUUUUGUAGAGUCCCUGAUAUCCAGUCCCCUUUGGAAUAAUUACUCUGAUUUUGUCUAUGAUUGUUAUGCUUUAUACUGGCUGAAGGCACCUGCCGUUAACCUGUUAGUGGGCAGUGAAUUUCCUAAAAUAGCCACUCCAG